AUGUAUUCGGAACCGGUUAAAUGCAUCUCCUGUAUGUGUGAAGAUAUGCAUUCUCAUCCACGCCUCUUCUACGCGGCUGGGUCUUCCUCGGGUAUUGGUGCUGAACCAAUUCGGGCGGCGGGAUGCCCCGCCCUCCCAAGCCAUCCCAGCUAUCCCCAGCCCGCCUCCCAGCCAUCCCAGCUCCCAGCCCGCCACCCAAGCCAUCCCAGCUAUCCCAGCCCGCCUCCCAAGCCUAUCCAGCUAUCCCAGCCCGCCUCCCAAGCCACCGCUAUCCCAGCCCGCCUCCCAAGCCAUCCCAGCUAUCCCAGCCCGCCUCCCAAGCCAUCCCAGCUAUCCCAGCCCGCCUCCCAAGCCAUCCCAUCCCAGCCCGCCUCCCAAGCCAUCCCAGCUAUCCCAGCCGCCUCCCAAACCCAUCCCAGCUAUCCCAGCCCGCCUCCCAAGCCAUCCCAGCUAUCCCAGCCCGCCUCCCAAGCCAUCCCAGCUAUCCCAGCCCGCGCUCCCUCGGCCCAGGACGCGCUUAAGGUCACUGAGGCUGUCCAUGAAAGUCCUGUGCGUUCGCUGAGGAUGGUAUUCGGUCUAGGCUUCAUACCCGACGAUUUUUUGAUUUUGAUUAAACACCGUAGAAUUGGUCAGCGUAUUCAGAAGUGCCAAAACAAGUCCGGCCAGAUAGAGCCUGGCACCGCGGGGGCCAACGACCCAGCGGAGGGCCACAGUGCCACUCAUGGAUGA